AUGUCCGGUGCCUGUGGAGCAACAAAUAUGGCUGAGCAGCUUGAGCUGUUCGUGCAGAUGGCCGCAGCUCCACCUCCGAAAAAGAACCUAGUCUCCUCGGAAGCAUUCACAACAGCUGAGUGCGAAACCGAUAUUUCACUUGCCAAGCUUGCAGAUUGGGAAGAGAUGGAGAGUGAGCUCUAUGCAGAGGACGAUGCAGUCAUUGAUGCAAACUUCCAGCGCUACAAGGCGAUGUGGGACGAGGAGAAACAGCUUGACGAAGAGUUGGACACCUUACGUGCGCAGCUCAAGCAAGACAAGGCCUACAACCACAGGGAGAACCAGGCUCACCAGCAGAAAGUUAAGAAGCUGCAGCAAACGCUGCAAAAGGUGAAGAAGGAGGAUGCCUCGCGCAAAAAGGCCUCAGAGUCACAAGUGGGCAAGAUGAAGGAACAGCUGCAGGAUGAGAAAGAGGAACUCACCCAGAAGCUUGAGCAAGCACGAGAUCUCAACAAGCGCUUGAAGCAGAAGUUGGAUGCCCCUGCUCUCAUAGAGAGCAAAGAGACGACAAAGAGGUUGAAGUCAGACCUACACACUUUGAACCUUGCCCUGUCAGAUGAGGCGAGUAAGGCAAAACUUCUUGUCCAAGAAUUCGAAGCCAAUUCUGCUAUUCAGAGGGUGCGCCACAUUGAGGUCGAACAGUUGACCCAACAGCUCGAGACCUUGCAGAAGAAGCUCGACACGCUCCGCGCCACAGCGAGCAAGCGUGCCCAGAAAAUCCGCGACAUGAGUCGGCAGCGUGAUGAGAUGUUGGAGAAAAAGGAUGAUGAAAAGGAGUUCGUAAGAGCCCUGCGAUGCAAGCACAAGGUGGCCAGGACCAAGUUUGAGGAUUUACAGGGCAUCGCACGCACUACCACCACAUUGAGCAAGUCUACGCGAUCCAGUAAAGUUGCAAGCAGCAAGUCUGAUGAGAACCAAGUCUGA